CUUUGUUUCAUGUGACAAUUUUUUAACAUAACCGUAUUUUUCUAUCCUUGCACAGAUGCGGUUUCUCUUCCUCCUCUGUGGGAUCAGUGGACUGAUAGCUGGAACUUGGGCUUUGCCUGAAGAAAAGAAAAAAAAAGGUUGCUGUGCUCCGGGAUGGACUCAGGUGGAAGGCCACUGUUACAUCCUGCAAGAGAAUCGCAGGAGUUUUUCUGAUGCAGAGAAAUUCUGCAACGCUCUUGGUGGGAACCUGGCCUCAAUCACCGAUGCGGUUAAAAAUGCCGUCGUGACUCAACUGGUUCGGGAUGACGGUUUUCAGCCCGCCUGGAUUGGACUCACUGAUGCAGUCACGGAGCAAGUCUUUAUCUGGACCGACGGCAGCCCCCUUGAUUUCCAGAACUUUUUCUCACCUUUCUUUUUUGGUGACUGUGUGUACAUCAAUUCAUCUGGUCGAUGGUCCCCUGCAAGUUGCUUCUUCAGGUUCAACUUUGUUUGCGGCCAAGAAGCGUGCUGUGAUCACUAAUCAGCCCAUCACAUCUUCCAGAACACAACUUCUUAACUUUUUCAACACUGGGGCCCAACUUUGUGG